AUGUCGACCGACGCUGCUGCCGCUAAGCCGGACGAGGUGACCGUUGGGGCGACCGGCGACGAGACCGCGCCGCUGAAGAAAUCACGGAAGAUUCUUGUCGCGGUGGACCCGAGCGAUGAGAGCACUUACGCGUUAAAGUGGGCUCUCGAGAAUGUGAUUCAAGCGGAGGACAAGGUUCACCUGCUACACGCACAGCCGUACCCGAAAGUCUACGCGGGACCCGCGGGACCAGGGUUCUACGUGCCUCCAGAGGUGGUGGAGACAAUGAAGAAACAGGAGGAGGCGGUGAGCCGGCAGGUGCUGCGCGCUGCCAAGGCCAUGUGCGAGCAGUUCAAGGUAUCAGCAGAGGCGGACGUGAUAGAAGGCGAACCCAGGGAAUCCAUCUGUGAUGCCGUGGAGCAGCUGGGCGUGCAGCUGCUGGUGAUUGGCAGCCAUGGCUACGGCACCGUCAAGAGGGCGUUCCUGGGCAGUGUGAGCGACUACUGCGUGCACCAUGCUGCUUGCCCUGUGGUCGUCGUUCGGAAGGUAUAG